AAUUCCAGCACAACUGGAAAAAAACACCCUCCCAGCAACCAACAAAAUCUGACACAAUGGAUCUUCUUAAAGACGCCACCAAGAACAUGAACUUGUAUGGGGUCAAGGCCUACGUGCGUAAGGCCCAGAACGUGGCCAUGAAUUUGACAGAAAUGGAAUCCAAGGUGCGUGAGGCCACCAACAACGAGCCUUGGGGUGCUUCUUCCACAUUGAUGGCCCAGAUCGCCGCUGGGACCUACAAUUAUCGAGAACGAGGAGAGAUCAUUGCAUUUGUGUUUAGAAGGUUUACUGAAAAGGCCCCCAACGAAUGGAGACAAAUCUACAAAUCGUUGCAAUUAUUGGACUACUUGCUCCGCAAUGGCUCCGAGAGAGUCGUUGAUGAAGUACGUGCAAGUUUGUCGUUGAUUCAGAUGUUGUUGGGGGGAUUCCGUUAUAUCGAUUCCCAAGGUAGAGAUCAGGGGAUCAACGUUAGAAACAGCGCCAAGAAGUUGAUUACAUUUGUCAACGAUGAUGCGGCUGUGAGAGCUGAACGCAAGAAGGCCAAGCUGAACGCGAAGAAGUUUGGUGGAGUUUCAUCGGCUGCUUUUGGUGGUGCCUCGUCCAUCACCACUACUCCGGGAUUUGACGAUGACUACACCAACAGGGUUUUUGGUGAUGGUGGGGUGUAUGGGUCAAGGUAUGGAGACUCGGCCGAUGAAUAUAACAAUCAGAGACCCCAAGGGGAGGAGUCGGGCUCCAACACCGAGUCGAAUGACAACUUUGAAGAGUACGAAGUCAACCCCAGUUCCCGGAAAACUGCCAAGCCCACCACCGGCUCGUCGGCGCACACGGCCACCUCUAACAGGUCCAAACCACAGCCCGCUGAACCGGACUUAUUGGCUGAUUUGGACUUUGGAUCUGCUCCUGGUGCUGGUGCCGGUGCCGAAGAUGAAGAUGAAUUUGAUGACUUCCAAUCGGCACCCACCACCACGGGUUCGUCUUCGCAACCUCCAUCAGGCCUCAGCAACCUCAACAACUUGUACCAAUCCUCCCAACCAAACAAUUUCUAUCAACCACAACCGCAACAGGCCUACCAACAACCGCAACAAUACCAACAACCACAGACCUCUGUCAAUUACAACAUAAACUCUGGCGGAACUCCCACCGUCAACAAAGUGCAAAGUAAGCCCAACAACGAUGCGUUUUCGUCAUUGUUCUCGUCUGCCAAAACCAAAAGUACCAGCAGAACUCCUUCUGGAACUGCUGCUUCCAAGCCUGUUUCGCAACCAGCUAAGACUAAUGAUGACGAUUUUUUUGGUGACUUCAAUUCCAACAAUAACUCAAACUCCAAGCCUCAGACCAACGGGAACGGUGGUGGUAGUAACGGAGAAGUGGACUUAUUGAGUUUCUAAACAAAACUAGUUAUAUUUGUUUAUUCUAUCUAGAUAAAAAAAUAUCAUGUACUAUGCUGACUUUGGUUCACAAUAAAUUAGAACUUAAGAACGGGGUGCUCGAUCUCCUUGGGAAUCAAGUCCUUUGGCAACUUCUUCUUUAAAUCGGUCAAUUUAUCAUAAUCUCCUCCCAAGAUUCUGGCAAUUACCAAAUCGUCUCUAUCUUGGAUCUCUCUAGGAGACUUACCUUCGUUACUCAAAAACUCUUUAGCCUUGUUGGUAUCACCGUGGAAAUACUCUUCCAUGGCUCUUAAUCUUAAUUCCUUUUCUGCCCAUUCUGGACCGUCUAAUUCUCUCUGUUUCAUUUGGGCAGUGUACUUAGCAUACGCCAAAUAUGAAAAAAUUGGCAACACGAUAUAGAAAUAUGGAAUUUCCCAUCCUUCAGCCUUCUCGGUUUCACGGACAAUCUUCCAUUUCAAUUCCCCAGUGGUUUCAUCUUUGUAUGGGAUUUUAUCGAUGAUUUUACCUGAAUCUUUGGUGACAAACUGAAAGUUCUUCAAGUCUUGAGAAUUAUCCUUGAACAAGUUCAAAUCUUCGCUGGAGAUACCGGGUGCUAUGUAGUUCCAUGCUGAAUGGUUUCUCUUAUAAUACAUAUUUUGUAAAUCAGCUAUGGUUUUGAAUUCUUCAUCGCUGGGCACUCUGGGGGUUCCAUCAGGAUUGGCAUAGAUUUUGGUCACUGAAGGUAAGGUGUCCAACUUGGCACGGAUCAGACGCUCUAAGUUGGCAUCAAACUUGCCGACCUUGUACUUAAACAACCCACUAAGGGGCAAUUUAAACGUAAACUUCAUGCCUCUGAGUAUAUAGGUAAGUUGUUUUCAGCUUAUUUUC